GCAUAUUACUCAGUUUCUUACCAAGUUCUUCAGUUUCUAAGCACAAACAGCACAGUACUGUUUUCUUGUAAUGUUGAGGCUGAUUGGAAGUUUAAGCUUCUUAUGGCUACUAAUGGUCAUAUCCACUAUGGCUCAAAGCCCUCCUGUGCUUGAUAUUGGAGGUGAAUCUCUUAGAAGCGGUGUAGAAUACCUUGCAGACCCUGCUGUGGCUGAUGUUGCCGGUAGUUUAACUCUAGUGGCUCGCAAUGGAUCUUGCCCGUUUUAUGUUGGUCAAGAAUCUGCUAGAUCCGGUCGAAUAGGCAUUCCAGUCAUCUUUACACCAAGAAAUCCUCAAGAGACUAUCAUCACUGAAUCUACAGAGGUCACUGUUACAUUUUCAGGGGUUUCAACUUGUGUUGGAAACACUGCAUGGACUAUAGGUGGCGAAGAUCCACAGACGAGAAGGAGAUUUGUUGUGACUGGAGCUGAACCAUCCUACUUUCAAAUUAACAGCAGGAGACUAGGAGGUUCCUAUACUUUCCGAGGGUGCCCACAAUGCGUCGACGAACCAGAUUGUGAUAGGCCAACGUGUGGAACUGCUGGUAUUCUGAUUCAAAAUGGAACGAGAUUUUUAGUCCUAGAUGGUCCUGAGUUUACUUUUAUGUUUGUAAGGGUUAAUUAGGUUCAUUCUCCAUAACAAAAAUAAAUAUAUAGAUAUGGCAUUUUGUCAUUGUAAUAAAAUCAAGCCUUUCAUGUUUAGAAGGGCACAAGUUGCUGAUUAUCCUCAGCAAAUAAAUGGAGAUCUUUCUUUCCUUGUGUCA